AUGGCCAACCUUGAGAGUACCUUCAUUGCUAUCAAGCCAGAUGGAGUGCAGCAUGGCCUAGUGGGUGAGAUCAUCAAGCUCUUUGAGCAGAAGGGCUUCUGCCUGGUGGCCAUGAAGUUCUUCCAGGCUUCUGAGGAACAAUUGAAGCAGCACUACAUUGACCUGAAAGACCGUCCUUUCUUCCCUGGACUGGUAAAGUACAUGAACUCAGGGCCUGUGGUGGCUAUGGUCUGGAAGGAGCUCAGUGUGGUGAAGACAGGCUGA